AUGGCUUCAAGGUUACUUCGGGGCUCUGAUGCUCUGGAGGUCCAGGCCUUGAGAGCCUGCAGUCAGGCUUGGACAGUCGCUUAUUCCAUGGCAACAGGAGGAGGAACUACUGACUUGGAGAGAUAGAUGAUGCUGGCUGCAAGAAAUGUUUUAGAUCCAUAUAAUAUGUUAACCCCAAAGGCAGCUCCAGGCACUAAGGAGGAGCACAACCUGGUCCUUUCCAUUACUGACAAUCGUAUAGUGGGCUGUAUCUGUGAAGAGGACAAUAGUGCAGUCAUCUGGUUCUGGCUUAACAAAGGUAAAACACUGCAUUGCCCUAACUGUGCAACCCAUUACAAGCUGGUACCUCAGCACUUGGGCCACUGAGCCCCUGGAUUGGUUUACUUGAGAUGUGUUGUAAUGUUUUCUGCCCUCCAAUAAAAGACUAGC